AAGAUGUGCUGUUAAGUUUCUUCAAAUGAUGGUGAGACAAAGAAUUAAAAUUAAGCCUAACUUGUUUAUAUAUAGCACAGUCAUUGAUGGCCUUUGUAAAGAAGGGCUAGUAAGUCAGGCAUCUGAAUUGUGUUCUCAAAUGAUCAGUCAAGGUAUAUCUCCUGAUAUUGUCACCUACACCACUUUAAUCUAUGGUUUCUCCAAUACCAACCAAUUGCAACAGGCUAUUAGGUUGCUAAAUGAAAUAGUCAUAAAAGACAUCACUCCUACUCGUCAUACCUUUAAUAUAAUAAUUGAUGCAUUUUGCAAAAGAGGAAGUAUCACAGAAGCUGAAGCUGUAUUUGCUAAGAUGAUGAAGUGUUGUGCAAAACCUGAUGUUGUCGCCUUUAGUUCUUUGAUGAAUGGCUAUUGUAUGAGGAAUGAUGUUAAUGAGUCCAUAGCAGUGUUCAAUAAGAUGAUCAAAGCUGAUUUGACACCUACUGUUGUGAGUUACAAUAUAUUGAUCAAUGCACACUGUGAAUUAAAAAGGAUGGAUGAAGCCCUAGAUCUGUUUAAAGAAAUGCGUUGCAAAAAUUUGCUGCCUGAUAUAGUCACUUACAGCUCUCUUAUUGAUGGCUUGUGCAAAGCCAAGAGAAUAUCACAUGUGAAAGAUCUUGUUUAUGAGAUGCGUCAGUAUGGUCAGGCUCUUAAUAUAAUAACCUACAGUAUCUUGCUUGAUGCAUUUUGCAAAAUGAAACUUCUUGACGAGGCAAUUAUAUUGUAUCAACAAAUUGUCGAUCAAGGAAUGCAACCUACUGUUCAUACAUAUAGUAUGCUCAUCGAUGGUUUGUGCAAAGGUGGUAGGUUAAAUUUGGCACGUGAGAUCUUUGAAUUGCUUUUGACUGAAGGUCAUCACCUAAAUAUCUAUACUUACAACAUUAUGAUGAAUGGACUUUGCAAAGGAGGCCUUUUCGAUGAAGCAUUGGCAUUGCUUUCAAAAAUGAAAGAGAAUGGCUGCCUCCCUGAUUUGGUGACAUUUACAACACUUGUUGGAGCUCUUUUGAUGAAAAAUCAGAAUGAAAAAUCAGAGAUUUUUGUUCAUGCAAUGAUAGACACAGGUCUUCUGAAACAGUAAAAGAAGGUCCGACUGUAUGCUGUGAAAAGG